GAAGUGACUGAUAUCAUGCAACAGAACUCUGGUCUGCUUUCCCAGAUGGACAGACUGUCCCUUCAGUCUCCGCUCAGACUCCUCAGUGUUUUCGUUUUCUAUCUUCUCCUAGCACACUCUUGUAGAGGUCAAUCUCAGUUAAUUGGUCCACUUCAGCCAAUAGUGGCAAGAGUAGGCGAUGACAUCAUUUUACCAUGUCAUCUGAAACCUGCAGUGGAUGUUGUUGCCAUGACGUUGGAGUGGAAGAGACCGGACCUGGUGUCUGAAUUUGUCUUAGUAUGGCGUGAUGGUCAGGACUUUGUGGAUACUAAAAAUCCAUCUUACAAGGAACGAACAUCACUGUUCAUUGAUGAACUGAAGCGAGGAAACCUUUCACUGAAACUCUCCAAAGUACAACUCUCUGAUCAGGGAACGUAUGAAUGCUACAUUCCAGACCUGGAUAAACAAUCUUUAGUUAAGCUUGUUGUUGGUGAGUCUGAGUUGAUCGGUUCACCUCAGCAAAUAGUGGCAACAGUUGGUGAUGACAUCAUUUUGCCAUGUCAUCUGGAACCUGCAGUGGAUGUUGCUGCCAGGACAUUAGAGUGGACGAGACCCGACCUGAACCACAGCUUUGUCCAUGUGUGGCGUGAUGGUCAGGACCUCAUACAUGUUAAAGAUCCAUCCUACACAGGAAGAACAUCACUGUUCACUGAUGAACUGAAGCACGGAAACAUUUCACUGAAACUCUCCAAAGUGAAACCUUCUGAUGAGGGGAGAUACAAAUGCUGCAUUCCAGAUAUGAAUACAGACUCUUUCAUUGAGCUUGUUGUUGGUUCUGCUUUCUCACCGGUCAUAGCUUUAGCAGGGAUUAAUGAAGCCACCAGAGGAGUGAUGUUAGACUGCAGGUCUGAAGGCUGGUAUCCAGAGCCUGAGGUGUUGUGGCUGGACGGUGAGGGAAACCUCCUCUCUGCUGGACCUCCAGAGACAGUCAGAGGUCCUGAUGACCUCUAUACUGUCAGCAGCAGAGUGACUGUGGAGAAGACACACAGCAACAGCUUCACCUGUAGAGUCCAACAGAAGAACAUCAACCAGACCAGAGAGACACACAUCCAAGUUCCAGAUGAUUUCUUUAACGUCCAGUCCAGUUCUGUUCCCAUCAACACUGGUUUGGCUGUUAGUUUGGCUGUUUGGAUCAUCAUGUUUAUUCUGUUGCUUCUCUUUGUUGUGUGGAAAUGGAGACAAAUCAUAAUCAAAACCAAGAGAAGCUGCAGGGAUCAAACUGAUGAAGGAGAAAAGAAAAAACACUCUAAAACUAAUAAAACUGAAGAUCAGUGUGUCACUGAAGAAAGAGAGAGAGAGCAGCUCAUGACACAUGAAACGGUGGAAAUGGAGGUUCUGAAGGGAAACGAGCAGAAGAAGAGCAAACAUAGAGAAACUAAAGGAGCUGAGCUGCAGCAGCUCCAUGAAGAGAAGAAGAGGAACGACAACGAGCUGCAGAGCCUGAAGGAAGAGCUGGAGAAGAAGAACAAAGAGCUGGAGAGAACUAGAAACACCUCUAGCAAGUCUAUCAUUCAUUCUUUGGGAUUCAGCAACGAAGAUCAGCAGAAGAAGGAAGAACAGCAGAAGAAGGAAGAAGUGGAGACACUGAAGGAGAAGUUGGAGAACCAACAGAAGGAAUCAGACACCAACAUUCAGGAGUUUGAAGACAAAGCAGCUGAAGUCCAGCAGCUUCAGGAUCAGAUUCAGAGGAUGGAGACCAACCUGCAGACCCUGAUGGAGUCCAACAACAUGGAGUUGGAAAGAAGCCGAGCCGCUCCAGUCCGCUCUUCCUCCUCUGGGAUUAAGUGGCCGAUGGUCUCCAGACAGAAGUUCCAGGAUGAGCAGCAGAGGAGACACGAAGCUGAGAACAGAGUUCAGACCCUGGAGGAGGAGCUGCAGACUAAGAACAGGGAGCUGAAGGACAAACAACUAGAAACAGCUGAGGCACAGUGGAAGAAGGCUAAUGAAGAGCUGAAGAGCAAGGAUGAGGUGAUCAACCAGCUGAAGGGAGAGAUGAAGGACAAACAAGCAGUUAACACACAGUGGAAGAAGACUAAUGAAGAGCUGAAGGACACAAAACAUCAACUGAAGAUCAAGACUGAAGAGAUCAGCCAGCUGAAGAGAGAACUCUGUGAUCAGCAGCAGAAGAAAGAGGAAGCUGAGAGAGAACUGAAGCAGCUGAUGACCAAGAACACUGAGAUUGAGAAGAAGCUCCAUGAUGAGAAGACUAAAAGGGAGGAAGCUGAGAAAGAAGUGAAGAACCUAAAGAAAGAGAUGCAGACCAAGUUUGAGAAGCAGCUCCAUGAUGAGAAGACUAAAAGGGAGGAAGCUGAGAAAGAAGUGAAGAACCUAAAGAAAGAGAUGGAGGACAAGAGCAGCUCAGCCAGUCAGAGCUCAAACACAGAACUUCCCAUUGUCGUUGAGGUCAACCAACGGGGCAAUUAUAUCCGUCUCAAAAACACGGUCCUUCAGGACCAAUGACUGGGAGGCUGGACGUUAGAAAUGGAGGUCAACGAAAAAAUCAUCACAUACACAUUUAAGUCAUCAUUCAAACUCAAGUCUAGAGGCACCGUCACUAUGUUUGGCACAGGUUGUUUUCAGCAGUAUGACCUGUGUUGGAAGGACUUGACACCCUGGAACUCUGGAGACAAUCUGAAGUUCACCCUCAUCAGCAAAACUGGCGUCCGACAUCAACUCAAUUCAUUCUAACUGAGCUGUUAUUAAUUAGCCGGCUGUCAUACUCGUUUUCUUUUUUUAGCUUAUCUUAUCUGUUUGCUUCUUGGGAAAGGGUAAAAAGUUACCAUCAGUAACACCAGAAUGGAUUCUGAAUGGUAAAUAGUGAUGUAAACAUUAUACACCAGAAACAACAGGACUCCAUUUUUCUCUUGCUCUCAUUAUGUUAUUGCUCCUACUUUUCAUGUCGGCAGUGUCUUGUUAACCCUCGUGGGCUGGGCACCUUUUAGUGGAUGCUGCUUCGAAAAAAUAAAUGUACUCACUCUUCUUCUGGUAAAUUCAACAAUUCAAACAUGUUUUGUUUGAAAUUUGGUGGAAAGUCUGCAUUUGUUUUA